AUGCAGCACGUCUCGCUUGCAACCAUUCCGAUCUCGAAAGAAAAUGUGAAAUGUCACACGAGAGUGGAAGGGUUUGCGAUCACGGCCAAGGACUUGAAAGCAGUCGCCACCAAGUGUAAAAUGUACUGGAAUUACGACGAUCCUCGAGAGAAGCAGAGGGUGGCGAGCUCUACCAUAGGAAUCAUUCCAGCAGCAGGUUACACUAUCGACAGUAGUCCUACUCCUAAGACUCCUGUGAACAAUGGAGGAUAUUCAAUAUUGUCACAGACAAAAUGGCCUACCUUUAAGGAGUUCUUUGAUCCCCAAGGGUCCUUCAUUGCGAUGUGGCACAGGAUAUUUGUGAUUUCAUGUCUGAUUUCAGUAACCACAGACCCUUUGUUCUUCUACAUCCCCUACAUCGACAAAGACAAAAAGUGCAUUGAUAGGGAAUACAAUGCGAGCACUGCAGCUCUAGUCCUCCGAUCACUCGCUGAUACGACUUUCAUAAUGCAUAUCAUACAUGAAAUUCGUGUCUGUAGUAACACUGUGAUGUCUGAGAUAUCAAAAAGAGGAAAGCCAGUUUGGCUAUGGAAAAAGGCAGAGUUACUUGACUCUGCCAAGGCAAUAUAUCAGAAGACGUCCUCGUUAUUUAUCUCCAUCACAAUCGACUUCAUAGCCAUUCUUCCCAUACCACAAGUAAGACAUAAGAUCUUCUCCCCUAUUUGCUUAUAUUGGUUUUCUUCAACUGUAGUAACACUCAAUUCUUCAACUGUGUGUCUUGUGAAGGUGGCAAUAUUGGUUUUCUUUCAAAAAAUAGGCGGCUCGCGAUCGGAGUUCAUGUACAAGAUGAAGAUUUUAAACGUGUUCCUUCUUUUUCAGUAUCUGCCAAAGAUUUAUAGGAUCUACCUUUCGUGUAAAAAACUUAAACAAACUGGAAUAUGGGCUAGAGGUUCAUUCAAUUUUUUUCUCUACAUCCUCGCCAGUCAUGUACUUGGAGCCUUUUGGUAUUUCCUUUCUGUUCAACGAGAGACAUCAUGCUGGCACGAUGCUUGUGGAGAACAAUCAGAACAUUCUCAUGCAAAAUGUACAUUUACUAAUUACUACUGUGAUGACAGACUUGAAAUUGAUGAAGGAUAUGUCACUUUCCUUAACGAAAAUUGCCCGGCUGUGAAGCCAUCAAAUACAUCAGAAUUUGAUUUCGGAAUCUUCCUCCAUGCCCUCGAAUCCGGUAGUACACACUCGACAGAUUUUUCCAAGAAGUUCUUUUACUCUUUCUGGUGGGGUCUGCGAAAUCUAAGUUCUCUUGGUCAGAAUUUGGAAACGAGUACCUAUGAGUGGGAAAACUGCUUCGCAAUUGUUAUAUCUCUAAUUGGUUUGCUACUAUUUUUGUAUCUUAUCGGAAAUGUACAGACAUAUAUGCAGUUGGCAACUACUAAAUCGGAGGCGAUAAGAGAGAAGAUGAAAGAUAAAGAUCUAGAGAUACAACGGUGGAUGUCCAGAAAUCGUCUCCCUGAUGAUAUGAAGAUUGUGAUCAUCGAAAAUGUGAGCCAGAAAUUGGAAGAAAACAAAGAUGUUCAUGUGGAAAAUCUACUUCCUAUUCUUCCCCGGAAGGACAGAAGAUCCAUAAAGCGCCUUCUCUGCAUGGAUGCACUUAAGAAAGUACCAAUGCUUCAAUAUAUGGAUGAAAGUGUGUUAAAUAAGAUCUGUGACAAUCUGAAACCAGUAUUCUACACAGAGAACAGUUAUGUAAUUCGAGCAGGAGAACCACUCGAUCUGAUGCUGUUCAACAAUGAAGGCAUAAUAUGGACUUACACAACUACUGAUGGUUCAGUAAAAUCGGGUUCCUCAAUCACAAAGUAUCUGGGUAAAGGUGAUUUCUAUGGAGAAGAACUUUUGAGUUGGGCUUCUUCAAACAAGUCCUUCUCCGACCUCCCUAUCUCGGCCCAGAAUGUGAAAUGCCAUACAAAAGUUGAAGCCUUUUCUCUCAUGGCAAAGGACUUGAAGGCUGUGGUCUCCAAAUUCCGGUGGCACUUCAGCAAUGACCUUCCCGAUUUGAACAGAAACAAUGCUCAUCAGCUGGAGAAGCUGGCUCUUUCUUCCCAGAGAGCCCCUCGUCUCAAUCGAUCAAAGAAGUAUAUAAAAAGGAACUCAAGUCCUCAAUUGAUUAUUGAUGAGGGGGGUGAAAACUCCCUAGAACUUGGGUACCAGCGGCUAUACCCUGUUGUAUUUCCAAGAUCAGAUGCUAGCUAG